AUGGUCGCCACCCGCAGGAAACCCUCCACUGCCACUGACGACGACGUCCCGCUCACCGCCGCAGCGCAGAAAGCCGCCGACAAGCUGAAGAUCGACGCGAAGGGCGCGCUCGUGGGCGAGAAGAUCGUGAAGCCGGCGGGCGAGACGUUCUACUGGCGCGGGCAGGGUUAUCUCAAGACGGAUGAGACGCCGCCCGAGUGGAUGGAAGGGGACAAGUACAAGGGGAAGAGGAAGCGGGAGAGCUCGAUCAAAGCUGAGGAAGGCGAUGAGGAGGAUGGGGAGAGGGUGGUGAAGAAGGCGAAGAUUGACGAGGGAGGUGGGGAGGUGAGGGAUAGGUCGAAGCAAUUGACGCCCGGGCAGUUGCGGAAGCGCAGUUUUGGGAUGGCGGCGAGGAAGACGGCGCCGGGGAGGAAUGAGCGGACGAAGAGUGUGGGGUCGGCGAAGAACAGGCGGUUGAGCACGCCGUCGUCGGUUGUGGAGGUCAAGGAUGCGGGGAGUAGGAAGCGGGCGAGAGCAGGUGAAGAAUCGGAAGACGAAGAAGACCAAUCGAUCGCGGUGAACAAGAAGCGCGACGAAGCCAUCGAAGACACCGAAGACAGCGGAGACGAGCAGAUCAGCGUACCGACAAAGAAGCGCGCGCCGCCAUCGAAGGCCAAGUCCACGAAACCCGCAGACCGCACCACCACCACAUCCACCAAGCGCGCCCGCCCAACCACCAACCAAGACGAAUCCAACGACGCACCACCACCGGCCAAGAAACGCCGCACCUUCACCGCCGACUACCUCCGCCUCGGCCUCGAAGACAAACCGUCGAAGAAGCGGACUACAAUGACCAAGCGCAAGCCCGCACCCGAGAAGAAGCAGGACGAUGCCGACGAGAAACCCUUCUCCUACUACGCCGACUUCACCCGCUCCGGCGGGCACGAGACGGAGUCGUGCAUCCAGGCUGCGCGGCGCAGGGCGGAGGCGAUGGGGUACCAGACCACCCCGCUCCCUGAGGAGACGUUCCCGAGUGAGGUCGAGAGCGAGGCUGCGGGCCAGAUGGCGCCAGGCAAGGGAAGGGAGGAAGUGAGGAAGGAGGUCGGGGAGUUGGUGAAGAAGAUCACGGCCCGGAAUGCGCGCGCGGGCGUGUUGGGGAGGGAGUAUGCGAGGGUGAAGGUUGGGAGGGCGCUGGAGGAGAAGCUUGGUGCGGUGGCGAAGGCGAAGAAGGGUGCUGUCGGAGGCGAGGAGGGGAAGGGAGGGGAGGAUGUGUUGGUCGCGGGAUUGGAGGCGGGUCCUGCUCGGCCGCAGCUAUCCGAGGAGGGAGGGGAGGAGGGAUUGCUGGCCGCAGAUCUUGAGAAAGAUUCUGUUCGGCCGCAGCCUUCCGAAGGAGCGCAUGAGGAGGUUUCGCAGGCCGCAGUUCUUGAGAAAGGUUCUGUUGGGCCGCAGCUUUCUCAAAGAGCUCUGGAGGAGGCAUUGCUGGCCGCAGGCUCGAAGGAAGAUUCUGUUCGGCCGCACUGUCCCUCCAACCUCCCACCCCAGACAUCCCCCGCGUUCGCUUCGACACCCCCCACCACCCACCACACAACCACCUCCCCCGCCAACCUCGACACAACCCACACCACCCUCCUCACGACCCUCUCCCCCGCCGCCAGGUCCUCGCCCGCCAACCCCGCCCCCGCCGCCUUCUCCACCCCACCGACUUCCUCCGAGAAAGGCAACUCGCGCAGCGCCUCGCCCUCCCUCUCCCUCUCCCCGGACGGCAAAGUCAAAAUCAUCACCGACCGCGAACGCGAGCGCCACGACUCCGCCACCGCUCCUCCCUCCUCCCCUCCCUUGCCUACACAACAAAACACCUCUUCCACCCCUCCCCCCUUGUCGUCUACCCCGAGAUUGAUGUUAGACGAGAAGAACAAAGCAGGCAACCCCCUCCGCUGGUCGCUCCCCGCUGCCGUCGACGGGAAAAAGAGUGAGGGACGCGCGGAAAGAAAUAUCUGGAUGGGCAGGUUGGAGGGGGAGAGUCAUGGGGCGCGGAGGCGGAGGGUGGCGAGGGAGCGGAAGGUUGUAGAGGGGUGGGGUGUUGAUUUGAAUAUAGCUUCUCCGCAAGCCGUGUACCGUAAAACAGCAUCGCAAGAGCACCUCGCCGUCGUCUUCAUCGGAGCAGCUGUCCAUGCGGACGUACACGCCCUGCUAAAUAUCGGCAUCGAUGUCCGCAAAGACACAGACAACAUCAUUCUCCCCGUGGACGUCCAGCUGCCUGCUGAAGAGCCGGGUUCCCGGAAGCUGGUCUGCUCGCGGAAGAGCCUGGUGGAUGAGAAGGCCAACGGUUUCCACAACAAUAGGAACGACGCUUUUGCAACGGCCCGUGUUCUUCAAGCGCUUACCAAGCGUCAUAUAUCGCAACGCCCAGUACUAGACGUACUGCCCCUCUGCUUCGAUACGGAGCGGAAGAAGCCGCGGGCAGGGCAGAAGUACAAGAACAAGACCGUCCCUAAAGUCGGGAUGGCGUCGUUCGAUGGGACGGCCUUCGAAACACAGCGGAAGCAACAAGGCGGAAGGUUUCGUGAAAGCAGGACAUCCACGCUUCGCAGAGCACUAGCAAUAUAUGCACCCGGGCCAUCUGAAGAGGCGAGGUGA